UUUCGACUGAAGGAGACACGGAGGAAACGAGGAAACGAGGAAAGGAGGAACUAACUCAAACUCGUGUGCCCUUUUUUCGCCGCUGAUCGGCCGCCGUGCGCGUUCCCGCGGACAGGAAAUCCAGAAUGGCUUCCGGGAUUAACCUCCGCUCUCGGUAGAGCAGCCGCCGAACUUCACGUCCUUUUUUUGCACGCCGUCUCUCAAGCCUGGGAAAUUCCAUAAUGUAAAUUUUAUCGUGGAACUUUUUUCUUCUUCUUUUCAUUAAAAACCUUCAUUUUUUGGGGUGGGGGCCAUGAACCUGGGAGGAUCUACCCGGACCGCUAUAUCCCUAGUUUGGAUUUAGAUUCCGUUUUUUCCCCCCGCCGGGACUACUCCACAAGGGGGAGGGGCCUGCAGCGGUGGCUAGUUCUGGCGGCUGCCGCGGCGGGAGUGGGAGGAGCUUACCACCUUGGGGAUAACUUUUUACAAAAGCCACCAUGAGGAUACCCGCCACCUCCUGCCUCUGCCCCUUCCUGGUGUGCCUCUGCUUCAUCCAGAGGUGCUGCGCGGCGAGCUACCACGUCCCCGCCAAGGUGCCCUCCAGGAACCAGACCAGGCUGGCCAACGGGGGCCCGGAGGUCCACCACAGGCCCAAGAGGGGCUGGAUCUGGAACCAGUUCUUUGUUUUAGAAGAACACUUGGGACCGGAAACACAGUAUGUGGGGAAGCUCCACUCGAACUCGGACAAAGGCGACGGCUCCGUCCGCUACAUCCUGAGCGGCGACGGAGCCGGCACCAUCUUCAUCAUCGACGAGGUGACGGGCGACAUUCACGCCGUCAAGAGCCUGGACCGCGAGAGCAAGACGCACUACGUGCUGCACGCCCAGGCGCUGGACCGCAACACGGAGGAGGCGCUGGAGCCCAAGUCGGAGUUCAUCAUCAAAGUGCAGGACAUCAACGACAACGCGCCCACCUUCACCGGCGGGCCCUUCGAUGCCACGGUGCCCGAGAUGUCGGAGCUGGGCACUUCUGUGUUGCAAGUCACGGCGUCGGACGCGGACGAUCCCACCUACGGAAACAGCGCCAGGAUAGUCUACAGUAUUCUACAAGGACAGCCAUAUUUCUCCGUCGACCCCAAAACAGGAAUCAUCAGGACGGCCUUAUCCGACAUGGACCGGGAAGCCAGGGAACACUUCACUGUCGUCAUCCAAGCCAAAGACAUGGCGGGCCAGGUCGGAGGCCUCUCCGGCUCCACCACCAUCAACAUCACCCUGACGGACGUCAACGACAACCCGCCCAUGUUCCCCCAAAAAAAUUACCAGCUGUACGUCCCCGAAUCCGCUCAAGUGGGGAAGGCGGUGGGGAAGAUCAAAGCCAACGACAAGGACCUCGGCAUCAAUGCAGACAUCAAGUACAGCAUCAUUAACUCGGAGGGGGCCAACAUGUUCUCCAUAUCCACGGAGAGGGACACGAGAGAGGGCGUCAUCAGCCUCAAAAAGCCUCUGAACUACGAGAGAAAGAAGACCUACACUCUCACCAUCGAGGGCACGAACACACACAUGGAUCCUCGUUUCACCUACAUGGGCUCCUUCAAAGACAUCGCCACCCUGAAGAUCACCGUGGGCGACGUGGACGAGGCGCCGGUCUUUUCCAUCGACCAUUACAUCAUGGACGUGUACGAGAACUCGCCGAGCGGCACGGAGGUGGGCUCGGUGACGGCUCGAGACCCCGACGGCAGGAACAGUCCCGUCAGGUAUUUCUUGGACAGCAAAGAAGAAGGAGUGAGAUGCUUCCGGAUCGACGAAACCAGCGGACUCAUACGGACGACGCAGCCUCUGGACAGAGAAGACGUGUCGUGGCACAACAUCACCGUGAUGGCCUCGGAGGUUGACAGCCCCAGCCUCCUCGGCCACGUGCCCGUCACCGUCCAGGUGCUGGACGUGAACGACAACCCGCCGGAAAUAGCCACGGAUGAGGAGGUCAUCGUGUGCGAGAGCUCGAGGCCGGGACAGCUGAUCCAGACGGUGGCGGCGGUGGAUAAGGACGACUUUGCCAACGGGCAGCGGUUCUCCUUCGCGCUGCCCAGCCUGCUGCCGGUCAAUCCCAACUUCACCCUGAAGGACAACCAAGACAGCACAGCCAGCAUCGUGGCCCGGCGGCGGCGCUUCGACCACCUGACCCAGGACCUGUACCGGCUGGCCGUCGUGGUGUGGGACGGCGGCGAGCCGUCGCUGAGCGGCACCAGCACCCUGACCCUCAGGGUCUGCCCGUGCCAGAGCCACGGCCGGGUCCGCAUGUGCCAGGGAGAGGCCUUCCUGUCCUCGGCGGGCCUCAGCACCGGAGCGCUGAUCGCCAUCCUGCUGUGCAUCGUCAUCCUGCUGGCCAUCGUGGUCCUCUUCGUCACGCUGCGGCGGAGCAAGAAGGAGCCGCUCAUCAUCUCCGAGGAGGACGUGCGGGAGAACGUGGUGACGUACGACGACGAGGGCGGCGGCGAGGAGGACACGGAGGCCUUCGACAUCAUCGCCCUGCGCAACCCGGCCGCCGCCGAGGAGCUCAAGUUCCGACGGGACGUUCGCCCGGACGGGAGAAAACACUGCGGCGGACGCCACUGCCGCCGGAACGCGUCGACGGAGCCGGACGAGCCCGACGUGCACGGGUUCAUCCGGCAGAGGCUGGCGGAGGCCGACAUGGACACCGGCGGGCCGCCGUACGACUCGCUGCAGACGUACGCCUACGAGGGCCAGGGCUCGCCCACGGGGUCCGUCAGCCCGCUGGACACGCCCGCCACGCAGUCGGAGCAGGAUUAUAAUUACCUGGACAACUGGGGGCCCGAGUUCCACAAACUGGCAGAACUCUACGCAGAGGCGGACUCGGAGGCGGCCACCUAGUCGGUGAUGUCACGAGCCAAAUCUCUUUGAAGUCCCUCCCCCUUUUUUUUUUUUUUUUGUGAACAAUAUAAACAGGGAUGCUUUCGGACUCUUCCGGUGGUUUCUGACUGUUGAACAAAAACAAAGAAAACGAACAAAAAUUUCCGCUCUACAAUUUUUGUUUAUUUUUUUCAGUUUUUCUUUUUUUAUUUACAUUUCGUCACUUUGGAUCGUGGGGUCGUUCAUCUGGAAGUGUUUAAAUCGGAUUUUGAGAUGGAAGAACAACAUUAUGGGAAAUGGGGGGAGGGGGGGAAAGGAGAAGAAGAAAAAAAGAUAUUUCCCUUGGUGUAUAUUUUUUAUUGCUCAAUAAAGUCCUGAAAUCCAUACGAGUGGAUAUGUGAGA